CGUCCCUAAUUCCAUGGCAAAUCCAACCAUGACUUCGAAGAAUGAAUGGUCUUCUGGUCUCUUCGACUGCUUUUCCGAUACUUCAUCGUGUUGUCUGACAAUUUGGUGUCCAUGCGUUACUUUUGGACGGAUUGCUGAAAUCGUAGACGAGGGUGGAACUACUUGUUGUGAAGGUACAACAUGGUAUCUACUACUCUAUGGGUGUGCACACAUUUGUGCACCCCUCUAUUCUUGUGGCUAUCGAUCCAAGCUAAGGAAUCGAUACUCGUUGGAGUCUACUCCUUGUAACGAUUUCUUGGUGCACUUUUGUUGUGAAAAAUGCGCCUUAUGCCAAGAAUACCGUGAGCUCCAAAAUCGUGGAUUCAACAUGUCAGUUG